AUGGCUUUGGCUGGGGGCACACAACGCCACAAGUUCGCUGGCGACAGCAAGCUCGUACGACAGGUAUCCUGGACCUUAGGAGGCACAAUGGCUGCUCGACGACUCUGA